AUGCCGCUGCCGCCGUCCCUGGCCAAUGCCACACCCGAGGAGUUGCAGCGCCUGAUUGUGGACUCCCUCAGAAAGCUCAAGUCCCGCGACAAGCGCAUCACGGAGCUCACAGCAGCCAAUGAGAAGUCGGCCGCUGAGCUGGCUGCGCUGCAAGGGCAGUCUAGCAGCCCGGACGGAGCAUCCACUGGUGCGGGAGAGAAUGCAGGAGCUGUUCAGCUGCAGAAAACAUUGGAGGAGCUGGCAGCGCUGAAGGCUAGUGCUCAGGCUGACUUGGCCGGCCAGCAAGCUGCGCAUGAAGCCACCAAGAGCCAGCUCGAGGCAUCCCAAUUGGAAAACAAGACCUUCUUGGAGCAGUUGGGAGCGCUGAAACAGGCGAUGCGCCAGCUGGCGGAUGACAAGGACGCCUCAGUGGAGUCAGCGCUGAAGCCCCUGCAGGAGAAGCUGGCAGCGCAGCAGCAGAAGCUGGACGCCACAGACGCCGCCUUGAAGGCUGCACAGGCGGAGACAGCAGCGGCCGAGGAGAGACUGCAGGCAGCAGCCUCCAAGGCUGAAGCAGAAGCUGCCUCGCUGGGAGCAGCGCUCUCUGCAGCAAAGGAUGACGUGGCAGCUCUGCAGGAGACAGUCAAGCUGCAGGCCGCUGAGUUGUCGCGCCAGGAGGGCGACACAUCAGCGGCCCAGGAACGCGCCGCAGAGCUGGAAGCUUCCCUGGAAGCUGCCAAGGCUGGUUCCGAGAAGCAGCUCGCUGAGCUGGACCAAGCAAGGGUCCAGGUCAGUGAGGCGGGCGCCCGAGUGAAGUCGCUGGAGACUGAGUUGGAAGAGGCGGGAAGCAAGUUGGUAGCCGAGCAGGAAGCCAAGCAGAAGCUUGCUGCUGUGCUGGAGGCAGCCGAAGCGAAGCUGGCUGCCACUGCAAAAGAGCGCGAGACAGCUGCAAAGGAGUCUGCAGCUACUGAGGAGCGGGACGCAGCAAGCGCAACCAGAAUUGCUGAGCUGGAGUCCGAGCUCAGGGCGGCUGCAGCAAAGCUGGACGCAGCUGCCGAAGAGCGCAAGGCGCUUGCAAAGCAGUCUGCAGCUAUUGAGGAGCAAAAAGCAGCCAGGAUUGCUGAGCUGGAGGCUGAGCUGGCGGAAGCGCACACAGCGCAGCAGAGCACAGAGGAGAAGCUGCACGAGGUGGAAGCGCAGCUGGCGGCUGCGGCAAGCACCCACAAGGCCGAGGCAGCGCAGGUGCAAGAGCAGCUAACGGCAGCCAGAGCGCAGCUGAGCGAGCAGGCGGCGGCUGCCACAGCAGCUGCCGCAAACCUGGAGCUGCUGCGAGAGCGUUGCGCGCGGCUGGAAGCAGACCUGGCCGAUGCGCACGCCGCGGCCGAGGCAGCCGAAGGGCCGGCCGAGAACGGCGACGCGCCGGCGCCAGAGGGUGCCGACGGCUUUGUGGAGGCUCCCGGGACGCCGAGCGCGACCGCCUCCUUCCGCGGGUUGGACGGCCUCGCCGCGUCCGCCUCCCCGGCCAAGUCGGCCGCUGUUUUGGAGGCGCGAAUUUCAGAGCUCGAGGCGCACCUAGGCGUGCUCCAAUCAAAACAGAAGCAGCCGGCGUCCAACGGCGACGUUCCCUCCCCAACGGACGCCCUAUUAGUCAGCGCCAAGCCUGAUCUGGCGCAGAUCUCUCAUUUCGUUUCCGCGCAGCACUCUGAGCAGCUGGCCGAUGCACAAGCUGAAGUGGCUCGCCUCAGCGCGGAGCUCACAGCUGCAAAUUCUGAGUUGGCUUUUGUCAAGGCGGACAGUCAAAAGGUUGUGGUCGAACUUGCUGCGACAAAGGCGCAGGCGCUGCAAAGCGCAGCUCUUGAAGCAGAGAAGAAGGAGCUUGAGAGGAGGUUGGCUAAGAUUAGCGCUGACAACGCUCGCAGCGGCGAUGACAUGAGCGCGCUUGAGGGCGAGCUGACGAGAGUCGAACAGGAGCUGGCAGCUGCUCAGCAGGCGCUUGCAGCUGCUGAGGAAAGCAGCAAAGCCAAGAUCGGAGAGCUGCAGCAGCAAGUCAGCAAUUUGGAGGCUUCCCUUGCAGCCGCCACGGCCGACAUAGCAAAACAGGAUGAAGCCGGUAACGCCGAGAUCCGCACAUUGCAAGAGACUGUAGCACGGCUGGAGGCAGCCGCCGCUGAGCGCGCUGAUGUCAGCUGCGCUGAAGUGAGCGCGUUUAGUCAGCAGGUAGAGUCACUGCAAUCAGAGCUGCAGUCGCUGCGGGAAAGCGCUGACGAGUACGCGGGUGCCAGCGAGGCGGAGAUCCGCGGGCUGCGCGAGAAGCUGGCGGAAGCUGAGGCGGCUGCCGAUGUUGCCGGCUCCGGCGCCGGGGAGGAUGCAGUGAAGGCUCUGCAGGAAGAGCUAACGGCCGCAGAAACUGCCAAGGCUGCCCUGCAGGAUCGGUGCGGGAAGCUGGAGCAGCUGUUCAUGGGAGUCAGCUCUGCGGGUCAGGCGCUGGAGGAUCACUGCACAGGGCUGGACGGCGAAGCUGCGCGGCUGCAAGACUGCUUUGACGAGGAGCACGCGCUCAGACUGAGUCUGCAGGAGCAGCUUGCUGCAGCAGAGGCAAGAAUGAGCGAGCUCCAGACAGAAACGGAUGCGUCAGGGGCUUCUGAAGCUCCCAAUGGGAACAGGCCAGCCGAGCAGACAGCAGAGUCCAGUCAGGCGGCUGCUGAGCUGGAGGAGCUGCGAGCUAAGCUGCCUGAGGUUGAGGUUCUGGCUGCAAGAAUUCCAGAGCUGGAGGCAACCAUCGCAGAGCUGCAGGCAGUAAAGGAGGAGCUGGAGGCUCAGCUGAAGGCCCAGUCUGCGUCGGCCCAGUCUUCGUCAGCCCACCAGGCAGCGGAGGCAGCUGCUCUGCUGGAGGCGGUGAAUGCUGAGAAGGCCGCCCUCCAGGCGCAGUUGGCGGUCGCAGAGCAGCGCGGUGCAGCGGCAGCGGCAGCGGCGGAAGCCGCCCAGAAGCUGUCGGCUGAGCGGGAGCUGUUACUCGUGGCCGUCGCGCCUUCCAAUGGUGACAUCGGUGAUGAUGCGGUGAUAGAGGAGAGCGCGGCCCGGGCGGCGGGAGCGCCGUCGCAGCCGGGGACGCCGGGCAAGGCGGCCAAGUCGCCGCGGGCAGGGGCCGACGCUGCCACGCUGGCGGCUGAGCUGGCGGACGUCAAGAAGCGCUUCCUGGCCGUCGCCAAGAAGAAGCAGGCCGAGUACGCCAAGAAGGUGAAAGAGCUAGAGGAAGCGCUCCACGCAGCACAGGGGGAGGGCGCGGCGCACGCAGCAAAGGCGGCGGAGAGCGAGGCAGCGCUGAGGGCGUGCAUGGGCCGAGUGGCCGACCUCGAAGCGCGCGUCGGCACCGCGCCGGAGGCCGUCUCGCCCAAAGUGAACAUUGAGGCGUUGCAGGCGAGCCAUGCCAAGGAGGUAGCAGAGCUGUCAGCCCAGGUAGAGGCGGAGAGGACAGAGCGGGAGGCUGCGCUGCAGCGGCUGAGGAAGGAGCAGGAAGCCGAGCGCGAACGAGUCAAGCGCGCCCUGGCAGAGCUCAAAAAGAAGCUCGACAGGUCGACAAAGGAGACGAAGAAGGCUGAGACCGCGUUGGCGGAGUUGCGCGGCCGCGCCGAGGCCGAGAAGGAAGGGCUGCGAUCGUCGGCGGCGGCUGCGGAGGACCGGGCCGCGGCAGUGCGUGAACAGGUCGGCCGGCUGGAGCAGGAGCUGCAGUCCUACAAGGCGCGAGCGCAUGCGCUGCUGAAGUCAAAGGAGACGGAGCUGCGCAGCGCGCGCGAGGAGGUGGCUGCAGAGAACGCCGCCGAACUGGCGCGUGCCCACGACGAGGCCGCAGCCGCCGCCAGGGAGCUUCAAAAGGUGAGGGAGGAGGCGCGGGAGGCGGUGGCGGCGGCGAGGGAGGAAGGCAACGCCUCUGCGCAGGCGGCCGAGGAGGCGGCCACGCGCGCGCAGGAAGAAGCUGACCGUGCCAAUUCUGCUGCCAGUGCAUCGGCGUCAUCCGCCGAACAGUGGAAGCAGCGGUAUGAGGCAUUGGAGGCGCGGCUGGAUUCGCUGCGGGCCGAGAGGCGGCCGGCGGCGGGCGCCCCACCAGAGAUGCUGGCGCGGCACGCUGCCGAGGUCGAGGGCCUUGUGCUGCAGAUUGCCACACUGCAGGAGGAGUUUGACAACUACAGGAACACAGCGGAGGCAGUGGCUGAAGCGAAGGACGCUGAGCUGGCCAAGGCCUUGGAAGGCAACGCCUCCUUACGCGAGCAGCUCGCCGACGCACGCGCCGCCGCUGCCCAGGCGCGCAGCGAUGGAGAGGAGGGCGGCGCUGAGGCGGAGGCGGCCGGCUCGGGGUCACUUGGGGAUAUGCAGCAGCAGCAGUGGCCGCCCGUCGCAGCCGCCAUGACCAGCAGCUUCUCUGCCAACCUUGGCAUGAUGACUCGCCGAUCCGCCAACCUGCAUGGCACAUCCAACGACCCGGAGGCGGCGCGGCUGGGGCAGCGGUUCAGCGAGGACAGCAGCCGGCUGCCGGGCGCGCGGCUGUCGAUGGAGGACGGCGCCAGCAGCUUCGCGGCGCUGUUCGGGCCGGGGCCGGGAGGGAACGCCACGUUGGGCGCUCUCGGGCGGCGCGACAGCCAGAGCAGCUUUGUCAGCAGUCGCCUCGACGAUCUGGGCCUCAACCUCGACCUGCCAGGACUGCAGGAAUCGACGCUGCUGCGGCUUGCGGAGAGGCAGGCCGGGCGCGAGGAGGAGCUGGCGGCCGCGCGCGCAAAAGUGGGUGAGCUGGAGGCCGAACUGGGCGACGCGCAGCGAGAAAUUGAACUGCGCCAGGAGCAGGAGACCGCGCUCAAGGAGGCGCUGCGUGAGAUAGAGCGGCAGCGUGCGCGCGAGAAGCUCAAGGACGACAGCGGCACCGACGUCCACUAUCUCAAAAAUGUCAUCCUCAAAAUGUUCGAGACCGGCGAGGCCCGGUCACUGCUGCCGGUGGUGGGCAUGAUGCUGCGGUUCAGCCCGGCAGAGAUGAAGCGCUGCCAGGAGGCUCUGGCGCGCGACCGGCCCGAGCCGCCGGCCGACGCGGCCGCCAUGGCAUCGGCCGACGGCAGCGCCUCCGAGUUCGGCAUGAUCUCAUCGUGGACCAACUGGGCCUGGGGCGGAGGCGCCAGCGAGGAGCAGAAGCUUUGA